AUGGGUCCCGUGCUGUCAAACAUCGAAGGACUUGUACGUAUGCCUUACGGAUGUGGUGAACAGAACAUGCUGAACUUUGUUCCAAAUAUUGUUGUGUUACGCUAUCUGAAAGCGACCAACCGAGCUGAGCCUACCAUCGAAGCGAAAGCAGUGAAAUUUAUGGAAGCCGGAUAUCAACGAGAACUCACCUACAGGCGUAACGACAACUCAUUUUCGGCUUUUGGCGAAAGCGAUAAGUUUGGAUCUACAUGGUUGACAGCUUUUGUUGUUCGAUCAUUCGCUCAGGCUCGCGCCUACAUUUUCGUUGACCCUACCGAAACUGGAGCUUUCGCAGAACAUGGUGAAGUGCACCACAAGGAUAUGCAGGGAGGAGCCAGUGAGGGUGGUAUCGGUCUCACGGCGUAUGUCGUGGUAGCGUUGCUUGAGAACGGGAUUCGCAACGACAACGGUAUUGCUUUUCUGGAAAAGCACCUCGAUGACCUGCCAGAACACUCAUUAUGCGUUGGCGGUUUACGCGCGUAUCGCCUGCGAUGGCCAAUAGCGAUAAGAAGAAGGAAAGCUUGGCAGCAUCUCGAGAAUCUGCCAGAUAUGUUGACAAAGAAGUCGACAAGCUUUUCCUUUUCCGAUGGCACAAUUCACUGGUCUUCAACGAAAGGCGCAGACAAAUCGAAGGAUACAACACAGUACUUCUACCAACCACGACCUGUAGAUGUCGAGACAACUGGUUAUGUACUGCUAAACUAUAUGCUGGACGCUGACACUGAAAAGGGUCUUCCUCUUGUGCGAUGGUUAACGGGUCAACGAAACGCGUAUGGAGGCUUCUCGUCAACUCAGGAUACUGUAAUCGCCCUGCAGGCAUUGGGUAGCUAUGCAGAACAUGCAUAUUCGGCCGAUUCAAAUGUGACGGUUACGGUAACAAAUGGAGCUGACAGUCAAACAUUUGGAGUUACACCGUCUAACGCGAUUGUCCUUCAAAGCUAUGAGCUGCCAAAUAUCGACUCGAGUGUGGAUAUCAAAGCUUCCGGAAAGGGAACAGUUUUCGCUCAGGUCUCCUAUUCGUACUAUCGAAAUACCGUUCGAGAUGAUUCGCCGUUCUUCUGCUCGAAAGAUCUCAAAGAACUGCGUGGUGGCAAUAGAAUGCAGCUUGACUUGUGUUGCAAGUACGAUUUCUUGAACAACUUAACGUCGUACUCAUGUAGCGUGGUAGGAAUUGGAACUCAGCUGUUACUAUACAAAAACAAUCUUGAAAGGUCGAAGUAA